GUAAUUUAUCUCGUUGAUAAUCAAAAAACAUAUCUUCUGUAUUUGUCGCUACCUAAUUCCUUGUGUCUCUCUCUUUCUCUCUGAUAUACACAUUCGUUGUAUCUAUCAUAUCGAUAAUAAUUUGUGUGUCUAAUUUUGUGAUCGGAGAUGGAAGCAGCAUCUGCUCUUCGUUCUUCUUUGAGUACUUGUAUCAUCAGACCAUCUAAUUUGACCACCGAUUUCAGCCCUUCACGCACUACAUCUCUCGCCUUUACCACUAAGCAGAGGCUCUCUUCAUUUUCGCAACCCAAAGGACUUAGAAGUGUAUCUCUUCGCAGUCAAAAGAAGCGAACCUCAAUAAAAGCCUCAUUAUCCUCUGAUUCUACUGGACCUGAUGCACCAAUUGCUCCUCUUCAGCUGGAGUCCGCAGUCGGACAAUUUCUUACGCAGAUUCUUGUUAGCCACCCACAUCUGGUACCUGCAGCAGUUGAACAACAGCUUGAACAGCUUCAAACUGAUCGUGAUGCCCAGAAACAAAACGAAGAACCUUCUUCCGAGAGCACUGAUCUUGUCUUGUACAAGAGGAUUGCCGAGGUGAAAGCCAAUGAAAGGAAGAAAGCUCUUGAGGAGAUAUUGUAUGCUUUAGUUGUGCAGAAGUUUAUGGAUGCCAAGAUUUCUUUGAUCCCAUCAGUAACACCUUCCCCUUCCGCAUCUUUCAAGCCGGUUGACGCAUGGCCCGGCCAAGAUGACAAACUUGAGCUCCUUCAUUCGCCAGAAGCUCUUGAAAUGAUUCAAAAUCACUUAUCUCUAAUUCUUGGGAACCGUGUAGGCGAUUCAACAUCUGUUGCCGAGAUAAGCAAACUUAGAGUAGGACAAGUCUAUGCUGCAUCCGUGAUGUAUGGUUAUUUCCUCAAACGAGUUGACCAAAGGUUCCAGCUUGAGAAAGCCACAAAGAUCCUUCCGGAAGGUGUGGAAAGAGAAAACAGUGACUAUCAACAACAUGCCUCUGGAGAUGAGAGGGUGCCUACUCCCAACAGUUCUGCCCAAACUCACCCUGAAGUCACUUCUUGGUCAGAAGUCCCGAACUCAGGCGCUUUUGGGCAGGCGCUCAAACCGUCUCGAUUGAGGAACUAUGUGAUGUCAUUUGACGGGGAAUCUCUACAACGGUAUGCUACAAUUAGGUCUAAGGAGGCUGUUAGUAUCAUUGAGAAACACACAGAAGCAUUGUUUGGCAGGCCUGAGAUUGUGAUCACACCUGAAGGAACAGUUGAUUCGUCUAAAGACGAGGUAAUUAAGAUCAGCUUUGGUGGCCUGAGGAGACUUGUGUUGGAGGCUGUAACGUUUGGUUCCUUCUUGUGGGAUGUUGAGAGCUAUGUGGACUCCCGGUAUCACUUCGUUGCAAAUUAAUUGUCCUAAAGUGCAUCCAUCCCUGGACAGUCAGACAUAGAACAAAUUAACUGGGGAUGCAUUACUAAACCAAUUCGAUAGUACUGCCGCCAUAAGUUACCUGUGGUUGUGACAUUAAUUAGAUUGUAUAUAAACUACCAUGUUUCUCUUUCA